AUGGAGACAGAUACAGUCUCCUUCCACCCUUCUCUGCGUUCAGGUGCCGCCUUACUCUCACGCCGAAUGUUCCCUACUUGCCGCACGUUCAUCCAUCGUCAACCAAGAUCUGAUCCCGACAUCGCAGCUCAACUCGACCGCAUGCUCGCAAUAAUAGAUGUUUUAGAGGCUGAAUCACUCCGAGUGGGUCCCGGCAACAACCUUCCGGAUCACUACGCCGUACUCCAACUCAAACCUUCGGAUACCAACACCAGAAACCGUGAUUUUGUGCGGCAGCGUUUUAAGAAUCUUGUUCGCCAGCUUGAUCCAAACAAGAACAAGUUUCCAUUGGCAGAAGAAGCUCUCAUGCGAGUCCGUGAAGCCUGGCAAAUUUUAUCUGACCCGGUUCAGUUAGACCGGUUCAAACGUGAGAUUAGAGGAGAGGUUGAAGUUGUUUCACCUGCUUCGUUUUGGACUAUGUGUCCUUAUUGUUGGUUCUUGCAUGAGUAUGAGAAGAAAUACGAAGAUUGUACCCUUCGGUGUGGGAACUGUAGGAGGACAUUUCACGGAACUCCGGUGAAGCCGCCGGAACAGGAGUCUAUGGUGGAGGGGAAAGAACAGUACUAUUGCUAUCACAUGAGUUUGCCCUUAAGGUACCCUGUGGAUGACAAUUGUAGUUUUGAAUUUGGGGGUAAUGGGGGUAGGAAGAUGAGGAUAAAAACUGUGGCUAAUAGGUCUAGGGUGAAAGCUGUUGUUGUUCCGGAUAGUGAAUCUGAAUCGGAUCCUGAAAUGGAAGUGGAGCUGUGA